GACAUCUCUCUCUCCUCUCGUCUCUUCUGUAUUAUAAUGUGACUUUAUGUACUUGAAGACCAAAACUUGGCAGUGGCAGCGUUACGAAUUCCAGAGAGGAAAACAAAUGGAGAGAGACAAAGAGACCUCAAAUUCCAAUGAGUUCAUGGCGUUACUGGUUCCGGAUUUGAUUCUUAAACAAAUGCAGACCAAAAUAACCCUCUUUCCUUUAUUUCGGUUAUAAAUGCAUCUGUUUUCUUUCCUUUGAGCCUGCAUCUCUCCAUCUCCAUCUCCAUCUCUGUCUCUCUCUCAGGCUUUCUUUCCAUUGAGACUGCAUCAAGCUCUUUCUCUGUCUCUCGGGCCUUAAAUUGAAGAUGGCGAUGAAGAUCUCGCCUUCUCGACUGCCGCAGCACCCAACUGUAAGCACUCAACGAACAAGUCCUGGAUCUGCUAGAUUUCUCUUGAGAACUGCUGCACUCCGGUCCAAGGAUGUUGUAAUGACCGGAGAGAAGGUCAACCCUGGAAUCGAACAUCAUCAAGUGAAGCAAACAAUGCCCCCAGAGAAAAGGGAGAUUUUCGAAUCAAUCGAAGAUUGGGCGAAGACGAACAUCCUGGUUCACCUGAAACCCGUCGAGGAAUCAUGGCAACCACAAGAUUUCUUGCCUGACCCUUCCUCUGAGGGAUUUUUCGAAAGCGUAAAUGAAAUUCAAAAACAAUGCAGCGAAAUCCCUGAUGAUUACUUUGUUUGCUUGAUAGGAGAUAUGAUCACAGAGGAAGCGUUGCCCACAUAUCAAAGCAUGCUUAACAUUAAUGAUAUCACCAGAGAUGAAACCGGGUCGUCCCAAAGUUCCUGGGCAAUUUGGAGCCGGGCAUGGACAGCUGAAGAGAACAGGCACGGUGACCUUCUCAACAAGUAUCUCUACUUAUGUGGAAGGGUAAACAUGAGGCAGGUUGAGAAAACCAGUCAAUACUUGAUUGGGUCCGGAAUGGAUAUGGGCUUACCAACAGAUCCUUGUCAUAUCUAUAUUUACACAUCCUUCCAAGAGAGAGCAACAUUCAUAUCACAUAGACGCACAGCUAGGCAUGCCAAGAAGUUUGGGGACAAGAAACUAGCACAGCUUUGUGGAGCCAUCGCCUCGGACGAAAAACGCCAUGAAAUUGCUUAUGUUAAGAUAGUAGAGAAGCUGUUUGAGAUUGAUCCCAAUGGAACUCUCUUAGUGUUUGAGGACUUAAUGAGGAGGAAGAUAACCAUGCCUGGCAAUCUCAUGUAUGAUGGGCAAGAUGAAAACUUAUUCGAGCACUUCUCCUCAGUUGCUCAAAGACUCGAGAUUUAUACUGCAAACGAUUAUGCAGAUAUUCUUGAAUUCCUAAUUGAUAGGUGGAAUAUAGCGAAGAUAAAUUGUCAUACUAGUGAAAUGAGAAUAGCACAAGAUUAUAUUUGUAGCUUAGCCCCGAAAAUCAGAGGGUUGGCAGAGAGAGCUCAUGGGAAGGCAAAACAAGCAAAAUCGGUUCCUUUUAGUUGGAUAUUUGAUAGAGAAGUGAAGUUAUAGGAAGUACCACUGAUAAACAGAGGCCAUUGCAGAAUCCUUUGGUUUUCGAUCCUUCUCUUCACCGUAGAAGGGCACAAUAAUGUUUAGCAGUCUGUGUUUGGUUCAUGUUGGAUGUUGGAUGUUGGAUGUUCAUCAGUGUUAGCUCCUGGAAAGAUAAAAUCAAGUGCUUAUUUUCA